UUUCAAUCACGACCUGAGCACAAAAUGGCCGCAGCAGUAGCAAGCGACAGUGAGCCGCAACUCACUUGGGAAGACCAGGAGCGCAUCAACCUGUUUGGCCGCCUCAACAACCGCGCAGACGAGCUCGACGAGCUGAUCAAGAUCAACAAGAAGCGAUUGGAUGGCUUCAGCGACGCCGAGGAGAGCAUUCUGCUGGCAGACUCGGACGAAGCACCUGUUCGGUACCGAUUGGGCGAGGUGUUUGUCGAAAUGCCCGCUGACAAGGCUACAGAGAUGCUCACCGCAGCGACCGAGAAGGUGACUGCAGAGGUCAACAAGCAACAAGAAGAGGUUGCCUCCAUCCGAGCAAAGAUGGUCGAGCUCAAGCGCGCACUGUAUGCCAAGCUUGGUGACACGAUCAACCUCGAAAGCGGCGACGAUGAAUAACGCCCAGAAUCGAUGAAUGCGCUUUCAGUUUGAACACAUCUCUGGUGACUUUCGUGUCCUAGCCUUUACCAGUUAGUUGUAUUGGUACCAGCCGGGGGAUUCAUGUCUGGUCAAAAGCUUUUGACCUGCUGUUGAAUAAAGUACGUUUCCAGCUCGACAAGAA